AUGGAUCAUGCAGCAAUCAGAUACUUGAUGGCAAAAAAGAAUGUCAAGGCAAGACUGGUCAGGUGGAUUUUGUUGUUGCAAGAGUUUGAUCUAGAGGUGCGAGAUAAGAAAGGAGUUGAGAAUGUGGUUGCAGAUCACCUCUCAAUGUUAGAAAGUGAAAGUACAAAAUAUGAUCAGCCAGUGAUUCAAGAUAGCUUUCCAGAUGAGAGGAUUUUGAGAGUGAGUAGAGAACACCCAUGGUAUGCUAACAUUGUGAAUUACUUUGUAGGUGUUGUAUUUCCUGAUGGGUUUAGUUGGCAUCAAAAGAAGAAGCUAAUGUAUGAUGCUAAAUUCUAUUUUUGGGAUGAGUCGUAUUUGUUUAGACGAAAUGCUGAUAAGAUGUGGACGAGGUGUAUCCUAGAAAUGGAACAAAAGCAAAUUCUAGAAAAAUGUCACAACUCAGAAUACGGAGGUCGCUUUCAAGAUGCCAGCAGACUGGAAAUAUUGGAAGAAUACAAGAGAUGCCACUAA